GGGCGGCGCGAGGGGGCGUCUGACCCGGGCCCGGCGGCCGUAACCGCUGCUUGGCUGUGGGAGCCUUUUGUCUCCGCGUGUGAGAAAAUGGGGCGAAAGCUGAGCGCGAGGCGGGCGUGCGUGUGGGGUGGUGCGUGUGGUGUGUGUGUGAGAUCGGGAGGCGUUUGGCUUGGAGCCAUUUUUUUUUCUUAAUUGUGGAGACAGAAAAUCCCUGAAAACGGUUUCCCCAGGGAGACUGGGCUGCGCUCCUCCUCUUCCUCCCCGGCGUCGGGCCCGAGCGGCUUCCCCGGCCGCGCCGCCACCUCCCCUGCCGGGCCCGUCUCCCCAGCCCGCCUGCCCCACCUUCCGCGAAGCCCCCGGGCGAGCCGGCUGUCUGCAGAGCGGGCCCGGUCACCUGUCGUGGCAGCUGCAUGGAAAUCCCAGCGCUUCUGCUGUCUGGAGUCUGUGCUGUUUCCUCUGGCAAAUCACGGAGAUUCUGCUCCGAGCACCAACCCUUCCUCUUUGCCAUGCGCUCCACAACACAGAGCAGGACGCCGAUUCCGAAGUUUGACCCGCUUGGGGCAAUUAGCUAGGAGGUGUCUGCUUCUUCCUGUGGCGACACCGCUUCAGGGAUGAGAAGUGAGGAUUCCGGAAGAGUCUGAGAGAAGGCUGGAAGAAGGCUGGAGGGUGGUGUCAUGGGAUGCAUGUGCAGAUUCAGAAGUGGCGGGUGCAGAAGAAGAGCGUCCAGGACAAGCAGCUGUCUCUGUGCCACAUCAUUUGGCACCCUGUGAUGUCACCUUGCUUUUCAGGAGUGCAGCCAGUUGUGGACAUUUUGGAAUUGUUUUGCUUUUGGAAUGGGUGUUGGGGUGAAGCAUUCUUCUGCUGGGUUUUCAGUUGUAGCUCUAACUAGCCACAUCACUUCAGCCAAGUCAUUUCUCUCUGGGCCUUAGAUGUUUCCUCUGUGAGGAGGGAGUUGCCACAUCCACCUAGGAUAUUGUUAGAGCCCGUGUGGCAAAAUGAUGAUCUUUCAAAAUCUUUACUCGUCAUCAUCACUCAGAAUAAUACCAUACAUGUGGAGGUUGAGGGCAAGGAAGUAAAACAGAUGUAUCUCUAUCUUUGUGUCCCUGUGUCUGUGUAUGAUUGAUGUGCCAGACUGAACAUCCCACCAGUUUAAAUUACCUGUGGUACUUCAGAAACCUGCUGCCAGUUUGUUAGAUAUAUUUUUAGGUUGACAUAAGAUCUUUUGUUUAGCCUUUCAGCAGUUUAGCAUUUUUGGAUUUAAUAUCAGGACUUGAACUGUUUAACAGCAACCCCUGAAAGGCUAUGACGGGUUGUUAGUAACUUGACUAAAGCACUAAUUACAACUGGGCCUAAGCUGGGGGACUGUCUCCUAAGAACUAGACACUCAUGGAGUGAAUGGCUAAGUGAGCCUAGCCAACCACUUAAGGUUUCAACCUCAAGGUGGUUUUAUUAUCCUCUGCUUAAUUUAUAAAUAGUAACUCCUGAGCUGCUAAAGACUUUAUUCCUUUGUGAAAAAUACUCUAGAGAAGAAAGGCAAUUAUUAGUGCUAUUGAUGGAGGUAAAUAUUCUGAGGGUUAUUAGCCAGAAAAUAGAAAUUUUGGCUAAAUUAAAGAAUAGGUAUUAAAUUUGGUAGUGGCUUGGGUCUAUAAUGGAAUGAAGCUAUCAAAAAGAAAAAAACUAAUUAGCUGGGCAUGAUGGCAUGUGCCUGUUUUCCCAGCUACCCGGGAGAGGAAGGUGGGAAGAUCGCUUGAGCCUGAGAGGUUGAGGUUGCAGUGAGCCAUGUUUACACCACUGCACUUCAGCCUGGGCGACAGAGGGAGACCCUGUCUCAACAACAACAACAGCAGGCUGGGCGCGGUGGCUCACACCUGUAAUCACAGCACUUUGGGAGGCCAAGGCGGGCGGAUCACCUGAGGUCAGGAGUUAGAGACCAGCCUGGCCAACAUGGUGAAAUCUCGUCUCUACUAAAAAUACAAAAAUUACCCAGGCGUGGUGGCAGGUGCCUGUAAUCCCAGCUACUGGGGAGGCUGAGCCAGGAGAAUUGUUUGAAUCCAGGAGGAAGAGGUUGCAGUGAACCGAGAUUGCACCGCUGCACUCCAGCCUGGGGGGAUAGAGUGAGACUCUGUCUCAAAAACAAAAACAAAAAACAAAAAACCAGAAUAAAGAAAAAACUUAACAAAACUUUACUCAUGAAGUAAAAGACAAAACUUCAGUGAAAUUUAUGCAGCCUGUGGGGUUGGGCAGGCGCAGAGGAACUGCGGCCUUAACAGAAUCACAUUCAGGAAAAGCGUAGGAGCCCAUUCAGAGGUUUUUACGGGCUCUGAGGUGGUGAGGGCAGUGGUGUGUGUCAUUGCUUAAAUGAACUUCAAUUUGAAGAAAGACUGCUCUGAUAUUUCUGGGAACUAGUGCCAUUUGAGAAUUUAGAAAUUUAUAUGUAUGUUGGUUUGUCAUCUUCACACCAAAAUCUACUUUAUUUGCACAUCAGUCAUAAAGGUGUUUUACCUGUUUGGCUUAUUUGUGUGUUUAAAAUUAAAACUCAAACCAUUUUCCCUCUCCAGAAAAUGUGGCUUGUGUGGUAUGACGUCUUACUGGAGUUGGGGGAAGGCUUGGUGGGCACCUGAAUAAACAUCGAUCUAGGGAAGAUGCACCUGGAGGGCUGCCUGGACAAGUCCCUGACGCUACUAGAUUGCCUACUUUCAAAGGACUAGGAAACAUUUUUUCAGCUUUAAAGGAUUUAAAAGCCAGUGAUAUUUCAGAAUAGUGCUGAAAGAGCCCUGCUGUUGAAUGAACAUUGGGAUCACCGCAUGUGGGUUGUGGCAAACCCUUUAUCCCAUGAGGCCCUCUCUUCUCCAUGCCUCUUAGUUCUGCAGACCAUCAGUGCCGCCCCUGAAAUGUCCUGUCUUAAAUAGAAUGCCUUGAACCAUACCUCAGCAUCAAAAAUGUGGAGCCAGGGGAGCUCCAAGGACUGGGGAUUGUCAGUGCCUUCAAAAUGACAAGUUAGAAGUACUAAGGUAAAAGCAGAAAAGCAUCUGUGAGGGACUAACUUCAGGUAGUGCCUCUGACAACACAGAGCAAUCAAGUUACUACUGUGCAUUUAACAGGGCACACCUUUUAGCUCUGAAAGAACCUUAACUUUUUCAGUGCCUCCUUACCAGCACUAUCACCAUUGGUCUUUACAGCGUUCUUGAGAAAGGGCAGAGCAGAUAGUCUCUUCACUUGCAGAUGGGAAAGCUGACUUCGGGGAGCUGAGCCCCAUGCCAGGUCUCUCAGCCAGGAAAUAGCAGGUUAGCCAGAACCUGUCUUCUGAUUCCUGGUCUGAUUCUUUUUCCAUUUCACUUUCCCCACCCCUCCUUUUUAAAAGAAAUUUUAUUUUAUGACAACUUUACUUACUUGCUUAUUUAGAGCUUAACCUUCUCCCACAAAACAUUUGAGGUGGCUUAAAUGUAGUGACUAAAGAGGAAGUUGGCCGGGCGCGGUGGCUCACCCCUGUAAUCCCAGCACGUUGGGAGGCCGAGUUGGGCAGAUCACGAGGUCAGGAGAUCGAGACCAGCCUGGCCAACAUGGUGAAACCCCGUCCCUACUAAAAAAAAAAAAAAUUAUCCGGGCGUGAUGGCACGCCUGUAGUCCCAGCUACUUGGGAGGCUGAGGCAGGAGAAUCGCUUGAACCUGGGAGGCGGAGGUUGCAGUGAGCCAAAAUCGUGCCACUGCACUCCAGCCUGGUGACAGAGCAAGGCUCCAUCUCAGAAGAAAAGAAAAAAAAAAAAAACAAAGAGGAAGUUAUGUUGAUAGAAAAUUUUGGCUCAAGUAAGGCAAAUACUUUUUUUUUUCUUAAGCAUUGAGAAUGAGGAUAAGAAGAAAGCUGUUUCUUUGAUUAAACUUAAAUCUUACCUGUGUGCCCAGACCUCCCCACCAGUUCUUAGAUCAUUGGACAGCACCCCCAAUAUUAAGCAUGUAUAAAACUUUUGUAUUUCACUCCAAAUUCAGGAUGGUAUGAAUGGAGAAAGGAGUAACACAUGAGGGAGCUUCGUGGUUAUAGCCGCAUUGCCUUUACCUUUUUGGUAUUAUACUUAUGAUAUCAUAUUUUGCUAUUUUUGUGCGUUUAAACAUGAAAAGUAGUAAAAUAUUAUAGUACAUUUGUAAAAGGGGGAAAAUCACCCCUAGCUUCCACCAUUGUUAUAACUCUUAAGCCUAGCAUUCUCUUGAAUUCUUUCCUCAUAGGCACUUUUUUUCAAAAAGUUCUAAGCAACAUUAUAAACACUGUUGGAAGCUUUUAAAAUUUAACAUAGCAUAAGCAUUUUUUUCAUGUUUUAAAGUAGUUUUCAUAAUUAUACUUCUUUUUGAAAAAUUUUUUAUUGUGAUAAAAUUUACUUUUGUUAUGGAGACAGGGUCUCACUCUUAUCCAGGCCGGAGGGCGGUGAUGCAGUCAUGACUCACUGCAGCCUUGACGUCCCAGGUCCAAGCGAAUCUCCUGCCUCAGCCUCCCGAGUAGCUGGGACUACAGGCACGUGCCACCACGCCCAGCUAAUUUUUGUAUUUUUGGUAGAGACAUGGUUUCACCUUGUUCCCAGGCUGGUUUCGAACUCCUGGGCUCUAGCGAUCUGCCCAUCUUGGCCUCCCAAAAUGCUGGGAUUAUAGGUGUGAGCCACUGUGCCCAGCUAAAAUGUGCCAUUUUAACCAUUUUAAAGUAUACAGUUGGCUCUACAUAUCCACAGGUUCUGCAUGUAAGGACUGAAAACAUUCAAAGAAAAAAAAAUACAACAAAAAUAUAGUAGCACAAUAGCAUUUACGUUUUAUUAGGUAAUAUAAGUAAUCUAGAGAUGAUGUAUAUGAGGGAUGCAUAUGGAUUAUAUGCAAAUAAUAUGCCAUUUUAUAUGAGAGACUUGAACAUUUAAGGAUUUUUUUUAUCUACAUGGGUCUUGGAACCAACCCCCAUCGAUAUUGAGGGACAACUGUAUAAUUCAGUGGCAUUAAGUACGUUCCUGUUGGUGUGCAGCCAUCAUCACUAUCCAUCUCUAGAACUUUUGUUCAUCUUCCCCAACUGAAACUCUGUGCCCAUUAAACACUUCCCUUUUACCCCUUCCCCGGUCUCUGAUAACCACUGUUCUAUUUCUGUGUCUAUAAAUUUGACUACUUCAGAUACCUCAUAUUAGUGGAAUCAUAAAAUACCUGUCUUUUUGUAUCUGGCUUAUUUCACUUAGCAUGAUGUUCUGAAGGUUCAUCCAUGUUGUAGCGUGUGUCAAUGUCCUUCCCUUUCAAGGCUGAAUAAUAUUUCAUUGUAUGUCGAUACACAUUUUGUUAACCCAUUCAUCUGUUUUUUUUUUUUCUAUAAUCCAGGACAGUGCUGAAACCCAUUCAUCUGUUGAUGGACACUGGGUAAUUAAGCUUUUUGAAGACUAUAAUAGGCCAUCAAGUAGAUAAAUCAUACUAGAAGAUGCAAUUUUUGCCCUCAAAGAAUAUUGAAGUUGAUAUGCCAACAUGUCAAACACAGAAGAUGAAAGCAACUAAGUGAUUCCUGGGGCAAGCUGAGUAUCUCCACGUUUAGGUGCACAAAUACUAUUUUGUGAAGAUCUUAAAUUUGUGGUAUAAGAACUUGAAGGAAAUAGAACUGAUUUGUUACUUCUAAAAGAUUUGUAAGACUCCAGGGCCCCCCAACCGUGAAUAAUCUGAUGGUUCCUGAAAUGACUGGGGAAACAGACGCUUCGUAUGGCAGUUGAAGAGUGUGUGUCUAUGUGCAUUUAAAACCUUCUUUCUGUACUUACACAUUCACACGGGAAGACAGGCUUAUUCUUGUGCACACUUGAGAGUUUUACAACUGAUGAAAAUUAAUUUAAGAAUCAGAUGGAGCAACUUGACACCACUGGGCUCAGGAGCCCGGGGAGAAAAAUAUAUCACUAAUGGCCAAUUUUCCAUAUGGUCUGCAUGGGUAAAGAAAGUCUGCAAAAAGAAGAAAAAAAAAUUUGCACAGAUUAAACCACAAAAAUAUUCUGCAGUUUAAAGAAGGAACUAAGUGAGAAGGUGACUGAGAAAGAAGUGUGAUUUCAAACAUUGCAGCGGCUCACACAGUGUUUGUUGCACUUUAUUUUUCAGUGGGUUUGGUGAUUUGGACGGAUUAAAAUUCUAGACUGAAAAGUAACUCCUACUGUGGUUAUGGCUAGAGGAAAGCAAGUUCAAGUAUGAUGGGAUAAGUUUGAAUAAUGAACUGAUUCCUUUCCCCAUCUUAAUUAACUGUAUUUGAGAAAUUUUAAUUUAUUAUUUCCCCCUUUUUUUCCUGCAUCUAUAGGAUAAUAUUGUAAAAUAGCAAUUGAAACCAAUAAUUAUAAAAUAAAUAUCAAGGAAAAUCCAAGCAAAGCUUUCUUUUUUUUGGACUAGUGGUGUGGUGUUUGGAGACAGUCUCUGAAUGUGAACAGGAAAGCACCCAUCAGCAAAACACGAUCACUCUCUAGGGAGACAGUUGGGGGAAUCUGACUGGCUUCUGCUUUUGUUUUAAGGGAUUAUCUUCCUUGUCAACUCCAAGAAGACUUGUGUAUGAGAAGAUUACCUGAUGGACUUAAUUCUAAGAUUAGCUUUUUUCAUCAAGAUGGAAAAAGAUCUUUAGGAGCAGAAAAGGGGAGUGCUAACUGGGGGAGCGAGAAGGGAGACGAGCAAAGAAACAAAAUCUUGCAGCGUGGCUCUGUUUUGUCAGCAAGAGGAUUUAAGACUCACCCACGGCAAACACUGGGACCACUGUAAGAGCGCUGGAACAUUCUGCCUCUUGAGUGAAGGGGCCUUCUUUCUAGCCUCUAUGGCACUGAGGGGUGCGCCGGCUGGUGGAGGAGUAGUCCGAUGGAGCCCUGCGUUCCCCGGGGACACAGGGCCAAGCUUUGAGGUGGAAGGUUUCUGGUUCUGAAACAACAAGGAGAGAGUCUAUUUUUCUUCCUAAAAUUUGGACUCUUGUCUGCACAAACUCUGGUCUGUUUUACACGGUUUGUGUGCCUUUUUUUCCCUUUAUGCAAUCUUUUUCAGCUUUAGCAGCAGAAAUUUGUCUAGUUCAGAAAACAUGCUAGAGGGUGGCUUCAGAAGGAAGAUGAUCCUGUGUAUUCUGUCUCUGCAUCCGAACUUUUGAAGAAAAAAUUUGAGCUAGAGGGAUUCUUAAAGCCUUAAGUUACUUGAAAUCUAUGUAUUUGCAACCGUUUGUCUCUGGAAUCAUAUUACACUAAACUGGAAUCUCAGGCUGAAUGAGAAUAACCAAGUGAAGUAAAAAGAAGAAAACCGUUUCUUGAUCACCACUUAAUUUAACGAUGCUCUUUCUCCAAAGGAUCAGCACGUUCUUCCUCUGAGAACUUGAAAAUAAAAAUGGACCCCAUGUUUUUUUAAGCAUUACCUUUUCUUAGAAGACUGCCAUCAUCUUUUAUAGAGGAAUUUUUUCACUAUGCAUUUGGUGGAUCUUUAUAAAAUACUGACCUUCUAAUUAGAUUCAAGUCAGUCUUAAUUAAAGGGGGAAAAAGGCAACACAAGUCAACCACAAAAACACAUAUACCAAUGAAAGAAAUUGGUUUAAAUUUCACAGCAUUAGCAUUACUUUUUAGGUAAAACAGUUCAUUGCAGAAAGUAUGUAUGCAGCAGUGGAACAUGGGCCUGUGCUUUGCAGCGACUCCAACAUCCUGUGCCUGUCCUGGAAGGGGCGUGUCCCCAAGAGUGAGAAGGAGAAGCCUGUGUGCAGGAGGCGCUACUAUGAGGAAGGCUGGCUGGCCACAGGCAACGGGCGAGGAGUGGUUGGGGUGACUUUCACCUCUAGUCACUGUCGCAGGGACAGGAGUACUCCGCAGAGGAUAAAUUUCAACCUCCGGGGCCACAAUAGUGAGGUUGUGCUGGUGAGGUGGAAUGAGCCCUACCAGAAACUGGCCACGUGCGAUGCGGACGGAGGCAUAUUCGUGUGGAUUCAGUACGAGGGCAGGUGGUCUGUGGAGCUGGUCAACGACCGCGGGGCGCAGGUGAGUGAUUUCACGUGGAGCCAUGAUGGAACUCAAGCACUUAUUUCCUAUCGAGAUGGGUUUGUCCUGGUUGGUUCUGUCAGUGGACAAAGACACUGGUCAUCCGAAAUCAACUUGGAAAGUCAAAUUACGUGUGGCAUAUGGACUCCUGAUGACCAACAGGUUCUGUUUGGCACAGCUGAUGGGCAGGUGAUUGUCAUGGAUUGCCACGGCAGGAUGCUGGCCCACGUCCUCUUGCACGAGUCAGACGGUGUCCUCGGCAUGUCCUGGAACUACCCGAUCUUCCUGGUGGAGGACAGCAGCGAGAGUGACACGGACUCAGAUGACUACGCCCCUCCCCAAGAUGGUCCGGCAGCAUAUCCCAUCCCAGUGCAGAACAUCAAGCCUCUGCUCACCGUCAGCUUCACCUCGGGAGACAUCAGCUUAAUGAACAACUACGAUGACUUGUCUCCCACGGUCAUCCGCUCAGGGCUGAAAGAGGUGGUAGCCCAGUGGUGCACACAGGGGGACUUGCUGGCAGUCGCUGGGAUGGAACGGCAGACCCAGCUUGGUGAGCUUCCCAAUGGUCCCCUUCUGAAGAGUGCCAUGGUCAAGUUCUACAAUGUUCGUGGGGAGCACAUCUUCACACUGGACACUCUCGUGCAGCGCCCCAUCAUCUCCAUCUGCUGGGGUCACCGGGACUCGAGGCUGCUGAUGGCAUCAGGACCAGCCCUGUACGUGGUGCGUGUGGAGCACCGGGUGUCCAGCCUGCAGCUGCUGUGCCAGCAGGCCAUCGCCAGCACCUUGCGUGAGGACAAGGACGUCAGCAAGCUGACUCUGCCCCCCCGCCUCUGCUCCUACCUCUCCACUGCCUUCAUCCCUACCAUCAAGCCCCCAAUUCCAGAUCCGAACAACAUGAGAGACUUUGUCAGCUACCCAUCAGCCGGCAACGAGCGGCUACACUGCACCAUGAAGCGCACAGAGGACGACCCGGAGGUGGGCGGCCCGUGCUACACGCUCUACCUGGAGUACCUGGGCGGGCUUGUGCCCAUCCUCAAAGGGCGGCGCAUCAGCAAGCUGCGGCCGGAGUUUGUCAUCAUGGACCCGCGGACAGAUAGCAAACCAGAUGAAAUCUAUGGGAACAGCUUGAUUUCUACUGUGAUCGACAGCUGCAACUGCUCAGACUCCAGUGACAUUGAGCUGAGUGAUGACUGGGCUGCCAAGAAAUCUCCCAAAAUCUCCAGAGCUAGCAAAUCACCCAAACUCCCAAGGAUCAGCAUUGAGGCCCGCAAGUCCCCCAAGCUGCCCCGGGCUGCUCAGGAGCUCUCCCGGUCCCCGCGGUUGCCCCUGCGCAAGCCCUCUGUGGGCUCGCCCAGCCUGACUCGGAGAGAGUUUCCUUUUGAAGACAUCACUCAGCACAACUAUCUUGCUCAGGUCACGUCUAAUAUCUGGGGAACCAAAUUUAAGAUUGUGGGCUUGGCUGCUUUCCUGCCAACCAACCUCGGUGCAGUAAUCUAUAAAACCAGCCUCCUGCAUCUUCAGCCGCGGCAGAUGACCAUUUAUCUCCCAGAAGUUCGGAAAAUUUCCAUGGACUAUAUUAAUUUACCUGUCUUCAACCCAAAUGUUUUCAGUGAAGAUGAAGAUGAUUUACCAGUGACAGGAACAUCUGGUGUCCCUGAGAACAGCCCACCUUGUACCGUGAACAUCCCUAUUGCACCGAUCCACAGCUCGGCUCAGGCUAUGUCCCCCACGCAGAGCAUAGGGCUGGUGCAGUCCCUACUGGCCAAUCAGAAUGUGCAGCUAGAUGUCCUGACCAACCAGACGACAGCUGUAGGGGCAGCAGAACAUGCAGGUGACAGUGCCACCCAGUACCCAGUCUCCAACCGGUACUCCAAUCCUGGACAGGUGAUUUUCGGAAGCGUGGAAAUGGGCCGCAUCAUUCAGAACCCCCCUCCACUGUCCCUGCCUCCCCCGCCACAGGGGCCCAUGCAGCUGUCCACGGUGGGCCGUGGAGACCGAGACCACGAACACCUGCAGAAGUCAGCCAAGGCCCUGCGGCCAACACCGCAGCUGGCAGCUGAGGGGGACGCGGUGGUCUUUAGUGCCCCCCAGGAGGUCCAGGUGACAAAGAUAAACCCUCCACCCCCGUACCCAGGAACCAUCCCCGCUGCCCCCACCACAGCAGCACCCCCGCCCCCUCUGCCGCCCCCACAGCCCCCAGUGGAUGUGUGCUUGAAGAAGGGCGACUUCUCCCUCUACCCCACGUCAGUGCACUACCAGACCCCCCUGGGCUAUGAGAGGAUCACCACCUUCGACAGCAGUGGCAACGUGGAGGAGGUGUGCCGGCCCCGCACCCGGAUGCUGUGCUCCCAGAACACCUACACCCUCCCCGGCCCGGGUAGCUCCGCCACCUUGAGGCUCACGGCCACUGAGAAGAAGGUCCCCCAGCCCUGCAGCAGUGCCACCCUGAACCGCCUGACCGUCCCUCGCUACUCCCUCCCCAGCGGGGACCCACCCCCGUAUCCUGAAAUUGCCAGCCAGCUGGCCCAGGGGCGGGGGGCUGCCCAGAGGUCCGACAAUAGCCUCAUCCACGCUACCCUGCGGAGGAACAACCGUGAGGCUGCGCUCAAGAUGGCCCAGCUGGCCGACAGCCCACGGGCACCCCUGCAGCCCCUGGCCAAGCCCAAGGGAGGGCCCGGGGGGGUGGUGACACAGCUCCCAGCGCGGCCCCCACCUGCCCUGUACACCUGCAGUCAGUGCAGUGGCACGGGGCCCAGCUCACAGCCCGGAGCCUCCCUGGCGCAUACCGCCAGCGCCUCCCCGUUGGCCUCCCAGUCCUCCUACAGCCUCCUGAGCCCACCCGACAGCGCCCGCGACCGCACUGACUACGUCAACUCCGCCUUUACAGAGGACGAGGCCCUGUCCCAGCACUGUCAGCUUGAGAAGGCCCUGAGGCACCCUCCCCUGCCUGAAGCUGCUGUCACCCUGAAACGGCCACCCCCUUACCAGUGGGACCCCAUGCUGGGUGAGGACGUUUGGGUUCCUCAAGAAAGGACAGCACAGACUUCAGGGCCCAACCCCUUAAAACUGUCCCCUCUAAUGCUGAGUCAGGGCCAGCACCUGGAUGUGUCCCGACUGCCCUUCAUCUCCCCCAAGUCUCCUGCCAGCCCCACUGCCACUUUCCAAACAGGCUAUGGGAUGGGAGUGCCAUAUCCAGGAAGCUAUAACAACUCCCCUUUGCCUGGAGUGCAGGCUCCCUGCUCUCCCAAAGAUGCCCUGUCCCCAACACAGUUUGCACAACAGGAGCCUGCUGUGGUCCUUCAGCCGGUGUACCCACCCAGCCUCUCCUAUUGCACCCUGCCCCCCAUGUACCCAGGAAGCAGCACAUGCUCUAGUUUACAGCUGCCACCUGUCGCCUUGCAUCCAUGGAGUUCCUACAGCGCCUGCCCGCCCAUGCAGAACCCCCAGGGCACUCUCCCCCCAAAGCCACACUUGGUGGUGGAGAAGCCCCUUGUGUCCCCACCACCUGCCGACCUCCAAAGCCACAUGGGCACAGAGGUGAUGGUAGAGACUGCAGACAACUUCCAGGAAGUCCUCUCUCUGACCGAAAGCCCAGUUCCCCAGCGGACAGAAAAAUUUGGAAAGAAGAACCGGAAGCGCCUGGAUAGCCGAGCAGAAGAAGGCAGCGUUCAGGCCAUCACUGAGGGCAAAGUGAAGAAGGAGGCUAGAACUUUGAGUGACUUUAAUUCCCUUAUCUCCAGCCCACACCUGGGGAGAGAGAAGAAGAAAGUGAAGAGUCAGAAAGACCAACUGAAGUCAAAGAAGUUGAAUAAGACAAACGAGUUCCAGGACAGCUCCGAGAGUGAGCCUGAGCUGUUCAUCAGCGGGGAUGAGCUCAUGAACCAGAGCCAGGGCAGCAGAAAGGGCUGGAAGAGCAAGCGCGCCCCACGGGCCACCGGCGAGCUGGAGGAGGCCAAGUGCCGGCGGGCCAGUGAGAAGGAGGACGGGCGGCUGGGCAGCCAAGGCUUCGUGUACGUGAUGGCCAACAAGCAGCCGCUGUGGAAUGAGGCCACCCAGGUCUACCAGCUGGACUUUGGGGGGCGGGUGACCCAGGAGUCUGCCAAGAACUUCCAGAUCGAGUUAGAGGGGCGGCAGGUGAUGCAGUUUGGACGGAUUGAUGGCAAUGCAUACAUUCUAGACUUCCAGUAUCCGUUCUCAGCCGUGCAGGCCUUUGCAGUUGCCCUGGCCAACGUGACUCAGCGCCUCAAAUGAAGAAACUGGUGUGGGGAGGAGAGAGAUGCAGAGAGCCUUUGGAAGAGGUCUUCGGAGAUGCCAGAGGAGCCCUCUAGGGUCCGGAUGCCUGGGAGGACCAGAAGCCAACAGCGAAACUGGAAAAGCCCGGCAGGCCCAGGAGAGGGCGCUGACCUGUGGUCAUCAUUUAUUUGGUUGGGCUUUACUACCUUUUAUUGUCUGUUCUUUUCUUCUUUCAUUUCAGUGGCAUUUGGAAGCAAAGAGUGCUAGGCACCUGCUGUUCUUUCAGGAAACGUAGCUUGGCUGUGGUAAUGCUCUACUGGGCCCUUCAGAAUGAAGACAGACUGCCUUAGAGCCUGCUAUUCUUUUAGACAUAGGGAGGAUGCAUUAUCCUGUAUUCUCCUCCAACAUCACCACUAGCGUAAAAGCAAAAAGCUUUUACAAAACACAGCCAAAAAUUCUCAAGAUACAGGUUCUUGGGGAACGGGAUGGGGACAGCAUUUGAUUUACACUAAUUAUGUUACUCCCCAAAAGGUGACUUAAUUAAUAAAGGGCAUUUGGGCAGACACACUGUGUUGGACCAACAAAAUAGGCUCUUUACAGGAGUGUUCUCACCAGGUAGAAAUGCGAUUUGCUCAUUGAGGAUGUUGGGGAAGGGACGAAGGGUGAAGAAAAAACUGCACAUAUACACAGGUUCACAUCACUCGGCAGACAGCGGUGUGACUCAGCGUGUGACUUGUGGCAGCAGUACGAGGGCUACACUCCUCUGCUGAGGAUGUUUACAUUGAAAGCCUCCACUAGUUUCAUCGUUUGUCAAAGUUCCGUAGGAUCAGUGAUGGUCAUUCAGCAUGACUAGUUCUGGGAGAAGGUGAGAGACAAAAAUGGAAAGAUCCUGGCCUGUGGUAGUGGUAGCAGUUUUCUCAAAUAAUGUGGUGGCAGUCACUAGAUCCUCACAUGCUGAGAAAAAGCCUCUACUCUCUCUGCCCCUUUUACUUUUUAAUCUGGAAUGCAUUACUGUAAACAUGAUCUUUCCUGUGAGAUAUCGUGUUCUAUGCUUUCCCAUUCUAAAAGUGUGGACGAGGCUUGAUUUGAAACCACUCCUUUUCUCCUCUUGGCUACAUUAAAAUUCAGUUGACUACAAAUGCUUUCUAUCAAAUUAGAAAUGUAACCAAAAAAAUGUUAAGUGUUCACCAGGGUAUUAAAAUACAGCAGUAGUCAAAUCUUUGACAAAAUUUUCAUGAUCUUCUCUAACAAAAAAAGCUGUUUAUUAACUGUUCAGACUGUUUACUAAGGAGCUAAACCACUGAGAAACGUUAUUAAAAUUGUAAUACCUAGGUAGUUGACUGAUCACAGUUUGUUAAUUGUAUAAAAAAAGAAUUACCUAGAAUAUCUCUUCCCACUUCCUCCUCCUCGUGAGAACCUGUGGGCAGUAUUCAAGCCCUGAUGACAAAACCCAGUGUUUUUUGUUGUUGUUUUUUGUUUUUGUUUUUGUUUUUCUCAGUUAUUCUUACCUGUGAUGUUGUUGAGGAUCAGGCCCCUCUCCUGGGCCUGCUGUGCAGGAGCACAGGAACUAUCCGCUAGCGUUGGUUCCAAAGUUGCAUUUUAUUUGGAAACAGACAAGUAGAAGAUGCUACAGAAAAGUAUUUUCAAAUUUAAACGUUUUUUUAAACCCGUUUUAGUUAAAAAAUUGGAAAAGAAACCGACCCAUUUUUUUCCCAGAACAAGAUGACAUGACAUCACUCCCGAUUCUCUCCAAACCCCAGAGAAAUACUGACAAAGUUUUCUGAUGUGGCAAAGGACAUUUCCCAUCUAAUACCAGUUUCUCAUUUAUAUUUAAAGUAUUGGACCUGAUAUUUUUAGUGGGUGCAUUCUUCCAGAAAGAAUUCAGCAAUGUUAUCAGAAUUAAUUCUUUUAUAUGAGUUUCUGUAGCUUGAUAGGGUGUUUCAGUGCUUAUUGGUUGUGCAAUAAUGGUUAUAGCCUGUCAGAUAAUUUAAAUGCAAUUCCCCUGUUUUAUCGUUUAGGAGAUAAUUAUUUAUCUUGCUUUUCAUAGUAUUCUUAGGAAUUAUUUUGUUGUUAUGUUUUGGUGAGUUAUGCCCAUUUUAUUUAUUUAGAAAAAUAGUAUCUUUGUAACGACUUACAUGUUCACAGUAUAUUUUGCUGCAAGAAAUAAAGAGGAUAUGAUAGAAGGUGUUUUUUGUUGUUUUUUUUUUUGAGACGGAGUCCCACUCUUGUCACCCAACUAGAGUGUAGUGGCGCAAUCUCGGCUCACUGCAACCUCUGACUCCAGGGUUCAAGUGAUUAUUUUGCCUCAGCCUCCUGAGCAGCUGGGAUUACAGACACCUGCCAACACGCCAGGCUAAUGUUUUUGUAUUUUUAAUAGAGAUGGGGUUUUGCCAUGUUGGCCAGGCUGGUCUUGAACUCCUGACCUCAGGUGAUCCACCUGCCUCGGCCUCCCAAAGUGCUGGGAUUACAGACGUGACACCACUCCUGGCCCAUAGAAGGUUUUUUGCUGGACAAUUUGUAACUUUUCUAAUUGGGAAAAAAUUCCUAUUAAUCAUUUAAAAAUCUUUUUUGUAUUUUGUGUUAUUGAUUAUAUACAAAGGAGACUUUUUUUGAGAUAGCACUCAAAUAGUAUUCUCUCUUCUUUUAAAAAUUUUAUUUUUAUCUGAAAAUAAAAGUUGAUCUGAAAUAAAAAGGGGAGACCUAUUAGAAUGAGGAGUAGCCAAAGAAAGUUAUUAGGUGAUAAGCUUCACUUUUUGUGUUCUCGUUGUUUUUGAGAUAUAAAGACCCUGAAAAAGCCCAUUUUAGAACCUGUUUAAUAAGAGCAAAUACAGGGGAAAAUCUUUGAAAUGAAAGCUACAAAUAGGUGAGAAGAAAAAAAUGGAUUUUUUAGCAAAUAAUUAACUAAGCUUCUAAAUUCCUAGCUCACUCCCCCAAAGGCGUUUUCCCCCGAUGGAGGCACAGGCUUCUGUCUCGGAUGUUUGGCGCAUGUGAGUUUGUAACGGAGUGACCCCGGCAGCCACUGCUCACCUCCCCUCUACGCAGGGGCCUGAAAAGAGGGGCUGCCCUCCUGCGCCAAGGCAGACAUAAGCUGCGGGCUGUGCGGUCCUAGUAGGGUGACUUUUCAGUUAAUAGUGGUGGUCUUAUUUUCAACUCUCCUUUCAUUCAGUCAGGCUCUGUUGACUAAAUACGACGAAAAUUCAUACUUUAUGCAGGAGAUUUCUAAAAAUCUAAUGUUUAUUAAUAGUUUAUGAAUAUCAGGAUACCUCACUGAAUCCCUAAAUUUAGAAGCAGUCCAGUAAAAGGUUAACUGUAUAAAGAAUCUAUGACUUUUUGAGGGAAGUGUGAUAUAUUAACAAAUAUAACCAAUUCUAAAUUUGUUUUAGCUCUAACCUCAUCAAACCAAAGGCACAGAUUUGUGUACAGUAUACCCAUUGAAUGUAUAUCCUGAGAAAAAUUGGGGCCAAAGAAGCAGGAAAAUCUCAAAGCUCUAAUGGCAGCAUAAAUCAAAGAAUUUCACAGGCUAAUAUUUUUUAUCCAUAGUCAUAGCUCCCUUGUCAAGUGUCCUACAAGGACAUGGAAGAAUGUGUUAUGUUCAUCUUGUAAUCAUAGCAAAAAGUCAGGAAACCCCAGGGUCAAGCCUGCUCUGCCACAAGGUUGGAGGGUGAUCUUGGGCAAGUCCCUGGGGCUGGCUAGGCCUCCACUUGUCCAUCUGUGAAAUGAAAGGGUCAGCCUGGACAGCCCUCUAAACUCCCUUACAGCUCACAGCCUAACAGCGCAGCACUGAACAGCCUCAUCAUUCCACUUUUCAUGGGAAAUAUAUUUCACAACAUUGCCUUUGUGUAGAGAAAUAUUUCUUUUCCCGUGUUAAUGAGCUAUGUACUGAAUAUAAACCAGUGCAUUUAAAGUAAUAUUUUUAGAAAGUGCACCUCUAAAUGUGUUUGGAAUUGUGUUUGUUCUCAUAGAAUAUACAAAAGUACUGAUUCUAGGUAAGACAGGAGUCUCCACGGGUGUGCCCUGCUCAGCUGGAUAUCCAUGAGAACAGCCCUGAAAUAAGUCACUACUUGUCCCCAAAACCACAGGAAUAUAUACCUAGGUCACCUCAAAUUCCUGAGUGUACUCUGCCAUGUUACACGGUCUUCAAAUUCAAAAGGUUUCUUGAAAAGGAAAGUUUGGCCCAGCAACUGUGGAGGAGGAGUCCAUGGUGUCGCCGUGUGCCUGUAUCAUUUGGCCAAGUCAAUGGCUUGUAAGCAAAGUUAGUGAAGACAAAAAUGUGUCCAAAAUGUCGUUUGAGUUCCUGGCAUUUCUGUAAUAGCACACAACUCAGAACUCUUCAGCAUUUGUGUGAUUCCUUACCUCUGGCUGAUAAAACUCUGAUGGGUUGUGGCUUACUUUGUUUCCAUUUUCUUUGGCUUUGUGCAAUUUUUGUGUAACUUUACUUGUACCUAUAUUUUCUGUUUACAGUUCUUUUUAAGGGGAGGGGUAGGGUUCUAAGAUCUUGUUGUUUAUUGUAGAUAAAAAUUUUUUCGUGUUGUAGAAAAGCAUGGGUUAUGCGUUUGACUGAAAAAGGCACUGUAUUAUUUACCAAAGGGGUAUUGUUUUUGCAUUUGUUUAUAAAUGCAUUAUUUUGGUACUGUAAAUUUGGACAUAAUUUCUGAGUUUAUUACUACUGGCAUUUUCUUUUUCCCCCUUUUUUUUAACCGUAAGUGCGCGAUGCAGGUGCAUAGGUCCCAGACCAAACUAGACCACCAGCAUGUUCAUGUCCAGACCUCGGCAGUGGCGUGCACUGCUUGUGCACCUCAGUUCCUCCGGUGUUGGUUUGUUUGUUUUUUAAUUCAGCAUCCUGCUUUGUUUUACCUUCCAAGCAAGAUCUGUUGCGAUUCCCAAAUGCGUUUUAAUGAGCUCAUCCUUAUUUGCCUCUCUUCUUAUGUAUUUUGUGUAUUAGAUUGUGCAGGAGAUAUUCUAGAAGGCAUUAAUGGUUUGCAUUUAAAACGAUGUGGUUUGUCCAAGUUAUUUUCUGUCUUUAUUACUGAAUGGAUUAAUCUCCUUAUUUUUUUCUUGAUGAUUUGAAGUUGUAAGAGUUGUCCAGCUAUUGCUUAAUAAAAUUUUGCAGAUCAAAAAAA